CAGUCAGUCCAGUUAGAGUCCAGUCCAGAGAUUACAGACAGCCUUUUGGCGGUGUUGUUUCUUGAAAUUCUCACUCUCUCUUAGAUAUCUCUGUGCUUUCAGUAGUAAUGGCUGGAAAACCGCAAGCAACAACCGAAAAGCCUGGAAAUCCAGCUCAGCAAGUGCUAGAGAAGCUAUCGAAUCAGCUGUCAUGUUCGGUGUGUCUGGAGGAGUACCGCAGACCAAGAGUACUGCCCUGUCUCCACGUCUUCUGCGAGGCCUGUCUGGAGAAACUGGUGGGGACACAGAGAGACAAACUGAGCGCCCUGUGCCCCAACUGCCGC